ACAAAUUAGGACACAAACGAACGCGAAAAGAAGAGAAAAGGGAAUAAAGAACAGUUAGAGGAGGCAGAAUAUCCGUGUGGAUUUUCGUCGCGAUUGUAGUUCAGUGGAAAAAACAUGUCCGGAGUCAACACUUAUUUCUGAAUUACGGCGUAUCGAUAUAUAAGAAAAAAUGUUUGGACAGCCACGAGCCCCCUUUGGAGGCACAACGUCCUCCUUUGGGGCAAGUUUUGGAACACCCAGUACAACAACAACAGGCUUUGGAAACACAACCUUUGGAAGGGCCACAUUUGGAAAUCCACAACAAACAACAAGUUUUGGAACCACAACAACACCAUUUGGUGGUGCUACAUCUUCGGGCACUUCCCUCUUUGGUACACAGCAGCAGCAGGCAACAGGCGGGCUGUUUGGACAACAGCAGACACAACAGCCAACUGCUGGUUUCAGUCAUCCUAGUAGUGGGUUUGGGUCAACUAGUGGAGGUGGAUUAUUUGGACAGACACAGCAACCAACAAGCACAGCAGGCCUCUUUGGCAGCACUGGCACAAGUGGGUUUGGUGCACAACAGUCAACGCAGAGUAGACCAUUUGGCUUUGGUCAGACCACAACCAGUACCACUGCAGGAGCAGGAGGCCUGUUUGGUACCACACAGCCAGCCACUGGAGGAGGAUUGUUCAGUGGUACAACAGGAUUUGGUGCCACUGGAGGAGCUGUCACAGGGACAACUGUCAAGUAUGAACCUGUAACAGGCACGGACACUAUGACCAGAAAUGGUGUAUCCACAAACAUUCGGACACGAAUUGAGGUCAUCUCAACCAUGAAGGAAUAUGAAAACAAAUCUCUAGAAGAGCUGCGUGUUGAGGACUAUUUAGCUAACCGCAAAGGUCCAGGCCAAGGAACAACUCUUGCUGGCUUUGGUCAGACACCCCAGGCAACAAGCACCCAGCCACAGAUGCAGGGAACAGGGUUGUUUGGUUCAGGCACUGGUACUUCUCUCUUUGGAACUACAAAGCCACCUGAGAAUAAGUCUCUCUUUGGCACUGGAACCACUAGUGGUUUUGGUGCAACCUCAGGUGGUGGCCUCUUUGGAAGUGGAACAAGCACUGCUGCAUUUGGUCAGACUAGCACAGCUCCAGCCACAAGCUUCUCCUUUAACCAGACUACACAGCAGCAACAAAAAACAGGAGCCUUCUCCUUUGGUACCACCCCAACAUCAACGCCAUCACUGUUUGGUUCAACACCGCAGCAGCAGCAGCAGCAGCCAUCCUUUGGCUUUAGUGGUGGUUUCCAAUUGGGUCAGAACACUCAGCAACAGAAUACUGGUGGUGGUCUUUUUGGAAAUCAGAAACCUGGAUUCUUCUCAAAUCAGAAUACAGGUACUGGGCUGUUUGGCAGUAAACCGGCUGGCACAACCCAGCCUCUGAGCACUGGCUUUGGAACCACCAAUCCUGUACCACCAUUUGGUUCAACCCCGAAUACUAGUGCUGGUGGGGGACUCUUUGGUGCACAAAACACUCAAAACAAGACUGGAAUGUUCUCUGGCUUUGGUGGUAGUAGUGGUUUUGGGACCACAGGCUUAUUUGGUCAAAACAACAAUCAGCAGAAACCAGGGAGCCUCACUUUUGCAACACCAAGUUUUAACCCUGGUCUGGGUCAAAAUUUGGGAAGCAAUACAGGGAUGGGCUUGUUCAACGCAGGUGGCACAAAUACCAGUGGUGUAGGCCUUGGCGGGGGUGGCCUUUUAAGCACCAAUACAGGUUUUGGAUUGCCACAACAAGCUGCAGUUGGUGGGGGAGCAGGCGGAAGUGCGUAUCCAGAUCUUGGAAAACUUGUAAAGGCCUUGACAGAGAAGCCAUUUUUGAAUAUAACCAAUAAUGAAAAAUCAUCAUCAGAUAAGGCUACUUCACCAAGUGACCAAGGUGGUUCAAAACUAACUAGCUCAAACUUGAAACCUACAUAUGUUCUCUCACCAUCACUAGUUGCCAACAAUAAGCUGAAACCCAAGCCAAUUACCAAGAAUAACAAUCAAGGAAAUGACAGACACUGGCUCUUUAAAGGGCUGGAUGAUCCCAAUGAGGAGAGCUCAGAAGAUUUCCUAAAGCCCAAGAAAUAUCCCAGUGUAAGGAAGCUGAACCUGAAGGUGUUCAAGGCUGCUAAGGGUGAUUCGUCCCUGAGCAGCCCAACCAUCAGUACCACGGCUGAUAAGUCUGGUGCUGGUGAUGCUCCCUCUCCCCUCACCACGCCUGUCAGUCCCAUUGGUGAUGGCACGCCCAACAGAACUAGCCUCCCUCCCUCACAUGACAACUCACCCACACCUGACAUAAUCAAGGGAAGAGAGAAGAUCAAGAGCCUCAACCUGAGAGGCAAGCCCCAAAUGAAUGACACAUUGGCCGACCUCAAUGUAGUCCAGAUGGCAGGUGCUGAAGCUAUGGAGGGAAAUCUGGAAGCUGCAGAGAAUGAAGAAAAGGACUCCAGUGCUGAGGCUGACAAGGAAAACAUUUCUAUCUUUGAUGUGUCAGCUGCAGAGGAUAUUCCAGCUAUGGUCAACAAAUCGUCUGACAAGCCACACCCUGCAGGUAUCAAGCUCACUCGGUCAGGGUACUUCACUCUUCCCUCACUGGAUGUGCUGGCAGAGAUGUUGGACUCAGAUGGGCAAUGUCUAGUUGAGAAUUUCACUGUGGGCCGUUAUGGAUAUGGAAAUGUGUGUUUCCUUGGUGUUACUGAUGUUGCUGGCAUUGACCUUGAUUCUGUGGUGUUCAUCCUUCGAAAGCAGAUUGAAGUUUAUCCAGAGGGGACACAGAAGCCACCCCAAGGCCAAGAACUCAAUAAACCUGCUAUCAUUACGCUAGAUUGUGUCUGGCCAGUUGACAAGACCACGCGAGAGGUGAUCAAAUCUUCAGAACGACUCCAGGCAAUGGGAUGGGCAGAUUAUCUGGAGCGCCAGUGUGUCAAAAUGGAAUCGACUUUUGUUGAAUACCGCCCAGAAACUGGAUCAUGGGUCUUUAAGGUAAAACACUUCUCCAAAUAUGGUUUGCAAGAAGAUGACGAGGAGGAAAUGGUGACAUCUCCACCUAAAACAAAUGUGACCGCUCCUUUAGCCACCCACCGAGCUGCUCUCGGCUCUACAGCUGCACAGCUCCCUCCUAUUCCCAUGCGGACAUCUGGCCCCCCUGCCACUGCCUUGACCUCACCUCCGCAAUUUGGCCUUAGUCAUAUGGUCAUGGCCAGUCUCCCCACAAAAUCAAUGAUGCAGCCAAGGCACCUUGAUAGCCCAUCACUUCAAGAUACUCAGGCCUUUGAGGAAGAACAGAUGGAUUCAUAUAUUGCCAAGGAAGCAGAGGAGAGUGCAGCCAUGACUGUGCUUUCCCCCAGUGCUGAGCGUUUGACAGUUGUGUCCAGGGUUGUGCCUAAAACAGUCCAGUUGGCCAAGUGGCAGAUGUUUGCAGGUGAAGAGGAAGAAGAGGCCCAGCAACCCACCAGAGAAUCGACUCCAACACCACAGCUUCCCCGAGGAUCUGUGAAAAAACUUCAUCUGACAACAGAUAUUUCCAUGAAUCAGACUCAGAGAAUGACAGCUAGUCCCAUCCCCAGUGAACCAGUAAAACCCAAAACUGUACUGCAGCCUCAACCUGUCACCUUGGGUUCACCCCCUAAAGCCAAUGUACAGAGUGAGUCUUGCCCAAGUGCAGAACUGCUUGACCCUCGCUCAGAGUACCUUUUAUUACAAAGUGGGAGUAACAUUGGCAGGGAGUCUGGUCACGUACCACCACAGCACCAAACUGCUCUUGUGCCACUUGAGUCCUCCCUCCUUGCCGGGAAAGACCACCUCUCUGCUGACAUGGGAGCCUUCAUGGGUCGGUCAUUCAGAGUGGGCUGGGGUCCUGGUUGGAGGUUUGUUCAUGCUGGGCCAAAAUUCACGCCAACAUUGAUGGAAGAGGAGGAUGACCUAAGAAUUUUGAAAGAAAAUGCUUUGUCCAUGCCGUCGCCUGCAUCUUUCCUCUUCAUGGGAUCUGUUCAUUCACAGCCUAGAAUGACGGCUACAUCAGAUGUACCUAGGUACAACUUGUCUGUGGAGAAAUUGCACACAGUCCAUCAAAGUCCUCAUUAUCUAACAGAAGCAAGCCUGGAACGUGUUUUAGAAUACAGCAUUGUAACCUGUGACGAGAUUAGUGAUUCUACUGAACCACCAUGUCCUCAUUUCCGACCUGUAGCAGAUGUAGAACUGCUCCACCAACUAGCUGAAACUGCAUCCUGUUUUGCACAAAAGGAUCCCACUGUAUCAAAUAUAUUUGAUCUAUGUGUUGCACUCUGGGGAAGGCUGGAUUUCUACUCUCCUGAAUCUGACGGGGAAAGUGAAUAUGCUAUUUCACGGGUUAGAGUCGAGUCCCUCAGCCUGUGGUUGGAGGCUGUUAGCAGUGCAGCUGUUCAGGAGGAAGUGGAAGUUGCUCUCAAUGAUGAAAAGAAUGAAGAAAGUUACUUAGAUGCAGUUUUUGCGCACCUGACAGCUCGACAGAUUUCGGGAGCUUGUGUCCUUGCCCAGGAUAAAGGUGAUCAUCAUCUUGCUCUUCUGUUAGCCCAAACCUGCUUUGGUCAGGAUGCCCAGAGAUCCCAAGGACUGGGGUUGGUUGGUGGGGUGUCGGAGACAUCCAUUAAGAUAUUUACUCCUAAUUUAUAUAUUUCCAGGUAUGUAUGUCCAGCCACAGCAACAAUAGCAGAAGCAUUACAAGAGUACGAACAAGCUGCUGGUCUAAAGGGUGAUUCUCCAAGUUAUUGUGAUCUGCCUUUACCACCUUACAUGAUGAAUCAAGCGUUACCUGAUCAGAUGAAAGUUAGCUAUGAUGUCUGUUACCACCUUUUGAAGCUGUUCACUGAUCCAAUGCAUCAGUUGGAGGUUCUUCUUAAUCCAGCAACUAUAACACCUGACCCUGUCGAUGUAUCAGUAAGCUGGCUCUUGUGGCGUGUCCUAGAGAGUCUGGGUUAUUCUCAUCUCUCCCAGCAAGUCAGUGCCAAUUUGCAUUUGAGCAUGGCAGCCCUUCUAGAGUCAGCAGGGAACUGGCACUGGGCAGUCUUUGUUCUACUGAACAUUAAUGAUGAAGAGAGACGGAGUAGAGAGGUCCAGGAAUUGCUGAGACGACAUGUAGCUGUUGGAGAAGAAGAUGAGUCAGAUCCCAAAUACAGUAUGAGGGAGAGAUUUGUACUUGAGAAGUUGCGCAUACCCCAGAAGUGGCUACAUCAAGCCAAAGCCACCAAAGCUCGAGCAUUAGACAUGGUUGAUGAGGAAGCUUGGUAUCUUCUGAAGGCAGGCGACUACAACCGUGCACAUGUACUUAUUGUUGAUACCAUUGCUCCUAAUUCAAUCAUAAAUGAGGAUCACGAAUACCUACAUGGAUACCUAGACCAACUUUGCGAUGAUGGAGUCCGUAGUAGUGUCGUGGAUUGGGCUAUUGGAGGCGGCGUUUAUGCUGACUACCUUGAUGUCUGUUCAGUAGUAGAAGACAUGAAGAAGUCUGCAGAUCCAACACCUGCCAAGCUUGAACAGUUGCGACCUCGUCUUCUUGCUUUGUGCUCCAGGCUUAACAACCUCAAAUGUCACACUGCCACACACAGACUGUGUGUAUCAGAGAUGAGCCGAGUGGUUGUGGGAGUCUUGAGAGCUGUUGUAGGUGAGGGAACUGAUGCCACACAGGUCCUAUCACAGCAGCUGUCCGGUCUGCCCCUAACACAUGACUAUGCUCUUGCUGAACUUAACCUUGUCACAACUCACUAUCUCACACAUCUGGCUGCUGAGAGGUGAGGGUUUAACUUCUGAAAUAGAGGGAUAUAAAUAAUGCUUUGUUGCAAGACAAGAACAAAAAUAUGCAGCUUUCAAAUUUGUGAGCAAUUUUUUUCCUCAAGUUUUGGAGGUUAUAAAUGGAGAACAGAGAAUAUGUGACAAUGUUUACAGUGUUCGACAAGAUUCAUAAUUGAAGACCUUCCUAAUAAUGUGCUAUUGCACUUGACAAGGAAAGAAGUGUCAUAUGCUAGAAAAUAUGAAAAGAAUAUAUUCUGAGGCAAAAGAUAUGAAGUGUAAUGGGUUAAAUAUUGCGAAAGUGCAAACAAUGAGAUAUUGCGAACUUCCUAACCUUUUUGAUAACUUUUGCUUAAUAACUGAGAGAAAUAACCAAGGUCAAGUAGUGACACGUGAAAAGAGGGUUUGUUAUGUUUAAAUGAUGUAUAUUUAUGAAAAAGAAAUAGAUUUUAGUGUGCAAAAUGGUGAGGACGUAUCUGACACAGAUAUAGAAAUGUGUUGAAGUAAAAUAAAGAAUAGUAUAUGUAAGUCAAGAAACUUUUCAAGAAUAUCAUAUCCUCAAAAAGGAAAAUGUAAGGAACACGUAAAUACAAAUAGUUUACAUCAUUAGAAAACUAUGACGAUGAUUUAUAUAAUAUAAAUAAUGUUUGCCAAGUUCAAUAUAUAUGAGUUUCAGGUAUUUUCUGUAAUCUCAACACCUUUAAAUGGUACAAGUGUAUUGGGAUUGAUGUCACUGAUAUUGAUGUCUUCACAAUGCAGUACAAGGAAAAAAACUUUUUGGUUCAAAGAUAGUUCUCUGCAUAAGGUGGUGCAAAACUUAUGAUGGUGUUAUUUUGGAUUUUUUUCAAAUUCUAUCUACAUUAUUAUUUGGUUAUCUAGUUAUUCCAUUAUCUUUAUAUACUUAUCAGCUGGAAAGGUUAAAAGUCCUUGUAUCCAUUAUGGUGCCAAUCAGUCUAAGUAAUGUGAAUAGGUUAAAAAUUAUGCUGCUUGAUGAAACAAAAUCCCAAAAUACUCAUAACAUAACUAUGCAGAUUAAUGAAACAUUCUUUUCAUCUACUGAAAUCUACAGAAUAUUCAUGAGUAGGCAAUUAUCUAUUGAAACUUUUUAAUGAUCCAAAAAAGAUAGUGUUUGUAAUUUAUUUUUUUCUUCUUUGAAUGUGUUUCCUUGUAAAUGAGUCGGUUGUCUCAAAUGAAGAGUAAUUAUGAACUGAUAUAAAACAAAUUUCACUGCCAUUCAUAUAUUUCAAAGGGAUAGCAAUGCAUGGCGAAUGUGAAUUCAACAGCCUUUAGACGCUUAGAUGCUUAUGUUGCAUAUACCCUGGUGUCCAGUGUAAUAUGUUAAUGAUUUUUGUACCCUAUAAUAUUUUAUGUUUUAAUAAAAAGUUGUAUGGAUGAUGUUGCAGAUGGUUUAGAGAAUAAUAAAAAUGGAGUACGUUUG